AUGGGGUCUGGACAAUCGGUGCAACUCCAAGACCAUCUCCAACGAUGGGAUGACCUUUUAAAUGAAAUGGUGGUAUUUUCUACCAACAACAGGCGAUUUGUAGAGCAGGACCAUAUCCAUGGUGAUGCGACUCGCGUAUCCGAACGCGAGGAAGACGCGUCGGAGCAUGAUGUCCGUCGGCACUCAUCUCUGGUUUCCUUUUCUUUGGACGCCCCUAACAACACAAAUGCUUUGGUUAAUGGCUCGAUGCCAGUAGACACUGCUGUGAAUUUGAAUGGCAUCAGCCGACCGCGGCUUGCGCCAGCCACCAUGGAUGGUAAAGUCCACGGCUUCGGUGGAGUCAAUUCGCUGAAUGCAGCGGGAAACGUGGGCACUUCUGGGAAUCCGUCAAAGCACAGCCGGCAGUACUCUCUUGAAAUAAAACGGGCACGGAUGAAAUUAUUUAGGAGCUACGAGGUUGAUGACGCGGAUGGCCUGAAAGAUCUGAUGCCAUGCAGCCACUUUGGCGCCCUUGCGGUUGGGUUGAGCUAUCUCCUUGGGGGCAGUAAAGACUGUAGUGACCGCCGACAGCGCGUCACCGUCGAGGACAUCUUCUUCGCCGCACAGGUGCCACUGCACUUCCUGCACAGUGGUCCGCCCCACCUCCCGGUCAUGACGGACAUCGUGCGCGAGUUCCUCGACGUCGACAACCGCUUCAAGGGGGUCUACAGCUUGGAGACUCUGCAUCUUGAUGUGCUGCCCACGGUGGGGCAGGUGGAGCUGGGACCAAACGAGGUUGGUGACCGCCAAACCCGCAUGCAGCUUCCCGAAUUUAGCCGACUUAUUACACAGGACUGUGAGGAAGAGACGGACGUCAUUCGAAUCGUCAACUACGAACCGUAUGUGCUCGAGCAGGAGAUGAUGGUAGAUGCCUACGAUGACGAGGAUGAGAUUAACUCGCCACUCGCCACCUCUGUGCUUGGGAACUCACGACAGCAGCACCAUCAGCGUAUCUACACACCAAAGGAUGUAGGAGCCUAUGCUGUCAUAGUGGAUGUGCGCAACGCUGUGCAAUUGAUGGUAACUAUUGCAGAAGGGGUUGUGAAUAGCUCACUCCAUGUGAAGCUGACGGAGGUUCCCGCAUCGUCGCUUUUCAAGGCGAUGAUGGCCUCCAAAGAGGGCCAUCGAGCGCGCGGUUUCAUUCGAAUAUUCAAAAAGGACUCCGUUCCAGAGUUUACAAGCGAUGAGAUCCGGCUCUUAUGGACACCCGAGCUGUGCAGUGGUAAGGUUCUCGGCACGACGCAGUUUGGCACACACGCGCUUAUCAUUUCUCAUCACAUUAGCCCACAUAUCGCCGCCGUGGCUUGGGCUUUGCAUCUGCUGGGCGGCGUGCGUCCUGAAAGCCAUGGCCACGGCAAUGGACUUCCAGUAUCCGACAUCAUUCGCGUCAUGAAGUUCCCGUCAAUGGUGUUUUUGGAUGGCUGCCUACGCCUGGAGCAGGUGUAUGAGUACGCCGUAGAAUACAUGAAACGUACCAAGCGGCCCUACGGGGUGAAUUUGUAUCCAGUGCUUACUAAGAUAUCGCGUGAAGAUGCUGUGCCAACGAUUUCGAUUUUUGAUUUGGAGUCUAUUAUCCUCGACGUCAAGGAAGCCAAUCAAGAUCCCGAGGCUCCAGCAUACGUGAUGGUCAUCAUGUACAACGCCGGUGUUGCACACAAUGUGCUGAACGUAGCGGAAGUGCAGCAGUGGUGCUUACUGGCUGGCUACGACCAGGAGACACAAACAGUCCUACUCAUCGAUGCUCAUCCUAAGACCUUUUCUCGCAUCUGGACCUGCCUACUUGACCGGCUACAUAUGGCCAUGACGGGCAACGGCUACAUGAUCUUCUAUAAGGAAUCUGCCCGUGUGAGCAAUCGCGCCGUGGGUGCGCCACGGGAGAUCGCCCCAAUGGUGCAGUCUUGUUUACAAUUAUUGUCGCAGCAACACAAGUGGGACUUCCAGAACCCAGCGCCUCUUGUAAAUACCUUUAACUUCCCUCACCUGCCGCUGAUGCCAACAAUUAUUGCCAUGGCCUGUUGCCGCCUAGGCUGGUUUACCACCUUCGAGGAUGUCAUUUAUACUCUUCCCUUUGAGGUAUCUUCGUUGCUCAUUCGGCUCUUCACGCUGGAGACUGUACAUGUCUGCUUGACGCAGUAUCUGCGAUUUAGUGGUUUGGACAGUGGCGUUGAAGUCACUGUGCGACAUGGCGACUUCGACACAGACGGACCAACACAGUUUAGUCUUCCGGAAUUCAAGAGCUUAAUCGAGACCGCGCUCGCCGAUGAGAAGAAUCGGGUUCUUAUUGUAGACUUCGAUAGCUCUUGCAUCCAUGUGAAUGGCACUUCCAAUCCCUUUGGGAACCUCGGGAUUGUGGUUGGAAUGAUUGCCGCAACGGGGAGCGUUGUAGUAUCGGAUUGCAACCCGAACAUCUAUGAGCGCACCUGGUCAGUUCACCUUUCGACUCUUUACAACGCUAUUAAGGACACGCCUCAGACGUGCAAACACCGCGCCCGCGGCUGUCUUCUUGUAUGCCGUGGUGUAGAUAAACAGUGUGACUUUAAACCAGAUCAAUGCGUUGACUUCAAGCUAGAGCUACUGCCCGUGCAAAAUGCUUUUCACGUAAGCCCCAGUUCCCACUUCCAAGGCCUUUCCUUUGCAUUUUCGCAAAUUGGUUGCUUUUACAGCCCGGAGGAGAUCUUUUACGAGGCCUAUCUUAAAACGAUGAACGAUCAGCGCCGACGUGGUAGCCAGGCGUUCGCCUGGCGUGAUGUCGAGGUGUCUCUGUCCGUGAUCAACAAGGAGGUUGAUGUGCCUUUAAUGGCGCAGGUGUGCAGCCUCUUCCUAAAAUCCCGCAAGGCUAGUGCAUUAGAGGUAUCUAAAGGAGACUACGAUGCCGCUGAAGGCUCUGAGGUCGUUGUAGAGGCCCUUGAUGAUUUAGAUAUUGAUGACGAGUUGGAUGGGUUGCUAAGAGAAGCUACGCACGCCAAGAAAGCUGUCCUUGUCCUCAACUACAACGUUUUGAAAGCCCAUGGUAUCGCGAACAUGGAUAGCAGUACCGCCUUGGUACGGUCCUACAACCCUGAAAAACGAUUGGUCGAGUUGUGGAACGCCGAGUACGCCGUAUUCGGAUUGUCUUUUGUUGUCACAGUUGACCGGUUUAUUGAAAUCGGAGAUCUGAAUAGUGAGGGGCGCAGCCCCUAUGGCCUUGUGAGGCUCUCGCGCUACGCAAGUGCGGCGCGGGAGCGGAUACGGCCCUCUCUCAUGAAAGCUCCCCGUACGCUGGAGGAAGAGGCUGAGCAUGAGGCCGCAACCGAAGCGUUCUCAUGA